AUGGCCGGGCUUCGGAUUCCUCGAGUGAAACUCGGAACGCAGGGUCUUGAGGUUUCGGAGUUGGGUUUUGGCUGCAUGGGACUCACGGGUAAUCGCAAUGAUCCUGUCCCGGAGGAAGCCGGAAUAUCGAUCAUCACCGUUGCAUUUGCCAAGGGGAUAACAUUCUUCAACACGUCAGAUAUAUAUGGACCCGAAAUAAAUGAGAUUAUUGUCGGAAAGGCAUUGAAGAAGUUGCCGCGGGAGGAGGUACAGUUAGCUACCAAAUUCGGUGCGGUGAAAAUUGAAGCGGACAGUGUUGUGAUCAAGGGGACGCCUGGAUACGUCCGCUCGUGCUGUGAGUUGAGCCUCGAGCGCCUUGGUGUUGAAUACAUUGACCUCUAUCACGUGCAUCGGAUCGACACGUCAGUCCCUAUAGAGGAAACCAUGGAGGAACUUAAGAAGUUGGUGGAAGAGGGAAAAGUGAAGUACAUCGGCUUGUCGGAGGCUAGCCCCGACACCAUACGGAAAGCGCACUUGGUUCAUCCCAUCAUGGCCUUACAGAUGGAGUGGUCGCUCUGGACUCGUGACAUCGAGCAAGAAAUUAUCCCGCUCUGCAGGGAGCUCGGAAUCGGCAUUGUUCCGUAUAGCCCUCGCGGUCGUGGGUUCUUCGGUGGCAGGGGAGUCACAGCAACUGUGCCUGCAAAUAGUUCUCUGGUAAGACAUCCUAGGUUUCAAGCAGAGACUAUGGUCAAAAACAAGAUUCUUUACUUUCGAAUCGAGAAGUUAGCGAAAAAGCACAAUUGCACCCUUGUACAGCUUGCACUCGCAUGGGUUCUCCAUCAAGGAGAUGAUGUUGUGCCUAUCCCUGGAACGACGAAGAUUAAGAAUCUCGGUGAUAACAUUGGUUCCUUGGGAGUGAAGCUUACAGAGGAAGACGUGAAAGAGAUCUCGGAUGCUGUACCGAUCGAGGAUGUUGCUGGCGACAGGAACAAUGAGCACUUUGUUCGCUGCUCGUGGAAGUAUGCGAACACGUCCCCAAGAGAUGGGAAAUUAUCAGAUUAUUAG